UGUGUAGUGGUUUGGCUCACUUCCGGGUUUAGGUUUCGGUCUGUUGUGUGGCGCUAGGGGGCAGUAGCGGCUCUCAAUCAUCCACCACGACUCACCCGCCAACUCGCGUAAAAGAAGCAAACCAACACAAACAAACUUCAGGCAAACAAGCAAUCAGACACACACACACACACAAUGAGUGUCGACGUGAAAAAACUGAAAGUGAACGAGCUAAAGGAGGAGCUCCAGCGCCGUGGCCUGGACACCAGAGGCCUGAAGGCGGACUUGGUGGAGAGGCUGAAGGCAGCUUUGGAGGCUGAAUCGCAGGCUGAUGCCUCGGAGCAAGGCGAGCAGGAGGACGAAUGCGACCAAGACUACCAGGACGCCGAAGACAAUGAAGAUGGAGAUGAUGGUCAAGAACAACAAGAGGCAACUGAAGACUAUGGUGAUGGUGAGGGCGAUGGAAGUGGAGAUGGGGAUGGAGACGGAGAAGGAGAAGAUGAUGGCGAAGCCGAAGCACCUCAACAACAAGAAGAAGAAGACGAAGAAGAAGAAGAGGACGAGGGUAGAGAUUCGGGUGGCUACUAUGAAGAAGAGGAAGCAGAAGGCGAACCUUAUGAAAGUCAGCCAGCUUCAGACUCGGGUCACAGCAUGCCCGACUUCACAGCCGAUGUAGAUAUACAGAAGUCCGACAUGAUGUCCGAAGAAGAUUCCAAGCCUGAACCGAGAGAGGAGGAGGAGGAGGCCGCUGAGAAUAAACAAGAAGUCAAAGUGGAAGUCAAACUAGAAGAGGAGACGGAGGCCGCUGAAGACAGACAAGAAGAACCUAAAGAGAAAGAAGAGCAGGGCGAGCAGGACGCUUCAGAACAGACUCCACAGGUUAAAGUGGAAGCUGACAGGGGUGGACACUAUGGCCGCAAGAGACCGUACGAGGAGAGCAGGAGCUACGGCUACUACGAGCACCGCGAGGAAAAAAGAUCCCGAACACCACAACCUCCUGCUGAAGAUGAGGAGGAGAACAUUGAUGACACUCUUAUCACGAUUGACACAUAUAACUGCGAUUUGCACUUCAAAGUGUCCCGGGACCGCUACAGCGGUUAUCCACUGACCAUCGAAGGCUUCGCUUACCUGUGGGCUGGAGCACGAGCGACACACGGGGUCACCCAGGGCCGCGUGUGCUACGAGAUGAAGAUCAAUGAAGAAAUCCCAGUGAAGCACCUCCCCAGCAGUGAGCCCGACCCCCAUGUGGUCAGAAUCGGAUGGUCCCUGAAUCACUGCAGCACUCAGCUCGGUGAGGAGCCUUUUUCUUUUGGAUACGGAGGAACAGGAAAGAAAUCCGCUGACUGCAAGUUUGCAGACUUUGGUGAGAAGUUUGGUGAGAACGACGUCAUCGGCUGCUACAUUGACUUCGACAGCGGUGACGAGGUGGAAAUGGGCUAUUCUAAGAACGGAGUGAACUUGGGUGUGGCUUUCCGGACGACCAAGGAGGAGCUGGCAGGUCGCGCCCUGUUCCCUCACGUCCUGGUCAAGAAUUGUGCCGUUGAGUUCAACUUUGGGCAGAAGCAGGAGCCGUACUUCCCCCCGCCAGAGGGAUUCACGUACAUCCACAAUCUCGACAUGGAGCACAAGAUCAGAGGCACCAAAGGACCCGCCAGCAAAUCUGAAUGCGAGAUACUGAUGAUGGUUGGCCUUCCUGCCUGUGGAAAAACCACCUGGGCCAUAAAACACGCUGAGACGAACCCUGAGAAGAAGUACAACAUCCUGGGAACAAACGCCAUCAUGGACAAGAUGAAGGUGAUGGGUCUGCGCCGCCAGAGGAACUACUCGGGGCGUUGGGACGUUCUGAUACAACAGGCCACCCAGUGUCUGAACAGGCUGAUCGAGAUCGCCGCCCGCAAGAGACGCAACUACAUCCUGGAUCAGACAAAUGUAUAUGGAUCAGCAAGGAGACGAAAAAUGCGUCCUUUUGAAGGUUUUCAACGCAAGGCUAUUGUAAUUUGUCCCACGGACGAGGAUUUAAAAGAACGAACAUUAAAGCAAACCAAUGAGCAGGGGAAGGAUGUGCCCGAUCAUGCUGUAUUAGAAAUGAAAGCCAACUUUACUCUCCCGGAGGCUUGCGACUUCCUGGAGGGAGUGACCUUCGUUGAGCUGCAGCGCGACGAGGCUGAAAAGCUGCUGAAGCAGUACAACGAGGAGGGCCGCAAGGCCGGCCCGCCGCCCGAGAAACGCUUCGACAACAGGCAGGGCGGUUUCCGCGGCCGCGGCAGCGGCAGCUUCCAGCGGUACGACAACCGCGACGGGGCACGUGGCGGCUACCAGAACCGCAGUGCAGAUGGCGGUGGUGGAUACAGAGGAGGCUACAAUCGUGGCAGCUACAACCAGAACCGUUGGGGCAGCAGCUACCGCGAUGGAGGCUCUGAUGCACGUAGUGGAUAUAACCGCACCCAGCAAACAGGAGGAAGCUACAACCGCCCAGCGCCCUACAACAAGGGAGGCUACAACCAGCAGGGCUACAGCCAGAGCUACAAUCAGGGCUACAACCAGGGCAGCUACAACCCAAAUUACUACAGCAACUACAGUCAGUACCCUGGAUACAGCCAGAGCUACAGCCAGACACCCACCACUGGACAGACGUACAACCACCACCAGCAACAGCCGCAGCAGCAGCAACAGAGCUACAACCAGCAAUAUCAGCAGUAUGCUCAGCAGUGGCAGCAGUACUACCAGAACCAGAACCAGUGGAACCAGUAUUACAGCCAGUACGGCAGCUACCCUGGACAGGGCAGCCAAGGCUCCUCUUCUGGUUCCCAGUAGCUCCGCCCUGAUGGUGUACCUGCAUCCACCUGUCUCCUGAACACCUCUGACCUCUGCAGCAAAGUGAUUUUUGUACAGUCCCACAUUGAAAAGCCACCAAGCGUAACAUUCUCUGUCUAGUUCAACACAGUAGCCUUCAUUUUUUUUUUUUUUUUUCCAUUAAUCAUUGUACACACACACACAUUGUAUACAGAUUGAUGUCUUUUCAUUAUUUUUACUAAAUUAAGUCUUACUCCAAGCAGUGACCGUGAGGUGGUAGACAUUUAAUGAAUGUUAUUGAUUAUGCAUCGAGUGUGGACGUCUGUUGAACUCCACAUUUCCUACAGAUUAAAGAGGUAAUUGUAUAUUUCUAGGACGCAUAGUGUGAGAAAUAAUUAAAAAAAAAUAAAUGACAGGAAAAGUACAGAAAAACCUGAAUAAUCUUGCUUGCUUUGAGAAGCUUAACCGAGAACAAAAAUGCAUGCUUUUUACCUUCAUGACCCUUUUCUUCUUCUGUCUUACGUUUUAGUUACCGAGUGAGCCCAUUUUAGUUACUGCAUCAAAGCAUUUUCUUUUUUUUUUUAUAGGUGUUGAUACGGUAGUACAGUAGUAAAGCGUUAAUCUCCAAGAAGAAUAUUUUGCCACUCUUGUUGUGUAGUUGUAUAUUCAGGUUUUUUUUUUUCCACCCCUUUUUUGUGAUUGCUGUUCAUUGAGUCCAAUAGUUAAAACGCCUGUUCUGUCAAAUCCCAUUUUUUUCUACCUGCAAAUGCAAAAUCUGACUUUGACCAGCUGUCUUCUUGUCUUUAUACAAUAAACACAGUUGUAUACGCCUGUA